AUAGAUUUCUAUUUUACUAGCUAGAACUAGCCACAUGCAGUCCUAGACUGCCUAUUGUUUUGAAAUAGCUGUAUUUUGAAAUUAAMAAAAGUUGUAUUAUGCAGCAACUGAUGUGUAGUCUAAUCAAACCUAUCAUGAGAUAUGUCGAGAUUUAUCAGUUUACARCCUUCGUUUGUAAAUCCAGGCCGCCAAGGUUGCUCGGGUUCACCCAAAUYUGGACAAAGGAAAGCCAACACACAUACAUAUUACAGCUAUGGAUUUGAACAUCGUACAACUUUUCAUCRGGUUCUGUGUGUCGUAUGCAUGUCAUUGUAGUGAUCUUAAUCUCACAAAGUCAAAAAGAGAAGAACUGAUCUCCUUGUUAGAGGAAUGUUUGGUGAUGGCUCUUUUCCUAAAUGAUACUAAGAAACUUGUCCAGAUUUAUCUUUCACUUGGUGAAUUAUACGAUCUUGUCGAUCAAGCAGCUAAAGCAAUCGAUUCUUUCCAGAAUGUUCUACGCCUUAUCACUGGUAUAGGCAAUUAUGCUUUCGAGAUAUAUGCUAACGAAAAUUUAGGAAAUAUCUAUAGCUCACUAGGAGAAUAUCACAAGGCGAUUGAAUAUCAAAAAAAGAGUCUGAGCGUAGCAAAAGAGAUUGGUGACAGAGAGAGAGAAGGAGCUGCUUAUCUACAUUUAGGGACUGCCUAUUAUUCAUUAGGAAAAUAUAACAAGGCGACUGAAUAUCAGGAAAAGAGUCUGAGCAUAGCUAAAGAGAUUGGCGACAGACAGGGAGAAAGAGCUUCUUAUGGAAAUUUAGGAGCUGCCUAUGGGGCAUUAGGAGAAUAUCGCAAGGCGAUAGAAUAUCAUGAAAAGAAACUGAGCAUAGAUAAAGAGAUUGGUGACAGACAGGGAGAAGGAGCAACUUAUAGAAAUUUAGGGAUUGUCUAUAAAUCAUUAGGAGAAUAUCACAAGGCGAUUGAAUAUCACGAAAAGAGACUUAGCAUAGCUCAAGAGAUUGGUCACAGACAGGAAGAAGGAGUUACUUAUGGAAAUUUAGGUAUCGCCUAUCAUUCAUUAGGAGAAUAUCACAGGGCGAUUGAAUAUCUCGAAAAAUCACUGAGCAUAGCUCAAGAGAUUGGGGACAAACAGGGAGAAGGAAAUGCUCAUGGAAAUUUAGGGAUUGCCUAUAAUUCAUUAGGAGAACAUCACAAGGCGAUUGAAUAUCACGAAAAGACACUGAGCAUAGCUCAAGAGAUUGGUGACAGACAGGGAGAAGGAAAUGCUCAUGGACAUUUGGGGAUUGCCUAUAAAUCAUUAGGAGAAUAUCACACGGCGAUUGAAUAUCACGAAAGUGYUGCAUAUGAGGAAGAAUCGAGCAUUAAAGACCUUAGCAAAUCAAAAGAACACCUACAGAAGAGCAUACAAUGCUACGAGAACUUAUUUGAUGAUUUAAAAGACAAUGACCAAUUCAAGGUCUCAAUUGUCGAUACAUUUAUCAGAGCCUACAAGAUGCUCAGCCAAGUUCAAAUUAAAACUGGACAAAACGAAGAAGCUCUCUUAGUUUGUGAACAUGGCCGAGCACGUGCUUUGAGAGAUCUCUUGUCCCUUAAAUACAAGACAACCGAGAAAACAGAAUCAAAAGCACUGGAACUUGCAGAUGUCAAGACACUUUGCUCUGAUCGUGAAGGCUGCAUUCUUUUUUACAAUCUUCAUUUUAACAAGGUAACUUAUCAUAGCUGGGUCAUAUCAUCCCGAAAUCCAUCUACCUUCUUUUACGAUGAAUUAGACAACCGCGAAGCUUUGGCAACAAUAAUGUCGAKMCUAUCUGAAGAUGAGAGAAAAAAUGCUGAAGCUGGAUCAUAUUUUCAAUAUCUCGUURACAACUGUUUCMAGCAGCUGAAUGUUAGAGAAGGCAAAGGAAUGAAAUGCGAAGACAGAUCGAUGAACAUACUAGAGCAUGAAGACCUAGAGUGUGCACCCUCGACAAACUCUUCGCAUCUGAGUGAAACUGCUCACAACGUUUUUCAAAAGGUUGACAGAUGGGACAGAUGUAUUCCCGACGAAGAAGACGAUGACAUGGAGCCUCUUGAUAUGCUCUUCUAUAGACUAGUUUCCCCAGUACUGGACCAGCUGAUCCACGACGAGCUGAUCAUCAUCCCCGACGUCAAACAAAGUAUUGUCAGUCCAACUGAAAUGCGUCGUGUAAUAAUGGUCGCUGGCACUGACUGA